AUGUCUUUCACCAAAAUCCACCUCGUACUUCUCAUUGUCUCAAUCUCAAUACUCUUUGCACCAACCACCCAUGCCGCAGGCAUCCAAGCUCGAGUUUUGAAUAUGUGCAAAACUACAACAAAUCCAUCGCUAUGUUACAAAACAAUCUUACCAAAAGCAUUGGAAACUCCUAAAUUCAACAUGUACAAAGCCCUAGAGAUUGAGAUCCAAGCUGCGCAAGUACAAGUCCUUAAAACCGCCACUAGCAUUGCAACCCUACUUUGGAAAUCAGGAAGCGACAAGGCCAUUGCUGAUUCACUAACUGUUUGUAAGAAUCAAUACCGAAACAUUGUUGAAGCUGUAACCGAAUCUGUUUCGUUAGUAUCAAAACGUAACGUUGGAGACGCAAGGUUCAAAUUUAGCGCGGUUAUCUCUUACUAUUUAGCUUGUAAAGAAUCAUUUGAAGAAAGUCAGAUUACUUCACCAAUUGCUGCUGAUGCUCAAACUGUUUAUGAUCUUGGUGGAAAUUGUUUGGAUUUAAUGAAAGCCAUUGAAGAUAAAGAGAGGAAAAGUUAUUAA